CACCUGGUGUCCUGUGCGGUGACGCAUUCCAGGAACAGGGUGGUGGCACUUGUUGCCCUGCUCCUGGCACCUGCGGCUUCUGUUUCAUCCCUCCCACUUCCUUUUAUUGUGACCAAAGGUCCUCCUGAAAUAUAUUCCAUGUCCCCAGUCCCGCUCCUCCCGCGGUUGCGGACGGAUCCGUGUGCCCAACUCCUUGACACCAGGAUACGGGGCCAUGGCGGGGAGGCUGUGGGGCCUCCUGGCCGUGCUCUGUGUCUGCGUCCUGAUCACUGUCACAGGAGAGAACACCACCACCACGGCCACUCCUCCAGAACAGAACACCACCACAACAGUCACUCCUCCAGCAGAGAACACGACCACAACAGUCGCUCCUCCAGGGGAGAACACCACCACCACGGCCACGCCUCCAGAACAGAACACCACCACCACGGCCACUCCUCCAGAACAGAACACCACCACAACAGUCACUCCACCUGGAGAGAACACCACCACCACGGCCACUCCUCCAGGGGAGAACACCACCACAACAAACACCACCACCACGUUCACUCCUCCGGCAGAGAACACCACCACAACUGUCACUCCUCCAGGGGAGAACACCACCACCACGGCCACUCCUCCAGAACAGAACACCACCACCACGGCCACCAUUCCGAUCACCACCACCACCACAGUAACAACCACAAUCACGAGUCCAGGUGUGUGCAUGAAUGGUGGCACAUGGGAAGAUGGGAAGUGCUUGUGUCCCGAGGGGUUUCAAGGUGACCGCUGCGAGGAGCCCGUCUGCCAAAAUGGGGGCACCUGGGCCAACGGCCUCUGCCUGUGCCCCCUGAAUUUCCAAGGGGACAGGUGCCAGUUCGUCGUGGACAUUGUGGAGAUCAAAAACGUGACGAUGAACGCGACGGUGGAGAUGACGACCAAGGUCGACAACAGGAAUUUCACUGAGGAGCUCAAAAAUUCGUCCUCGCCUGCUUACAAGAGCUUUGAGAAAGAGUUCCAGGAGAAGAUGAAGAAGAUUUAUGGGCAUAUCAAGGGCUACCAAGGUGUGGUGAUCAAAAGCCUGAGCGCUGGCAGCAUCAAGGUGGACUACAAUGUCAGCCUGGAGGUCCCCGCCAACUCCAAGGCCAACGAGACGGUGAAGACCAUCUCCGACAGCCUCGUCGCCGCCUUCCAAAACUACAGUGACUGCAACGGGAACUGCACUGGGGACAACUGUUCUUUCUGCUUCAACACCUCCUUCACCAGCAUCCACAGUUUUGGAGUGCAAGAGGUGGAAGGACGUCUGUGCGACGCCUACAUCCAGGAGGGGUUCAGCUCCUACUACACCCCGCACCUGACGGACACUGGUGUCAUCUGCAUCACCCGCUGCGAUGCCCGCUCUGCUGACCCUCUGCCCUGCGUCCACGGCAGCUGCUCCGUGGGCCGGCUGGGGCCACAGUGCGAGUGCUCGGACAAGGUGGCCUUCUGGUACCAGGACAGCGCCUGCAGCUCCCGCAUCAGCAAGGUGGGGGUGGCCGUGGGGGUCCCAAUGGCUGUCUUGGUCCUGGUCACCACCAUCUUCACCGUCCUCCUGCUGAGAUCUCGGAGGCAGAAGGAACAGUACAGGAAUAAGCUGAGGUCCCGUGCGGAGCUGUACUCCAGCGAGGACGGGAACUGGGAGGGAUCCCAAGGCUUUUCCAUGGGGAAUCUGGCGGCCACCUGGGAAGACAUGGAGACCCCCAGCACCAGCUACAUCAACCUGGAGAGGGUGGACACCUCGAAGAUGAUGCACAUCCGGAGACCGACCGUGGUCCCCUGAGUGGAGCCACCUGAGAGCCAGCAGAGACGGGACAUGGGGACACGGACAUGGGUGGAGGGGGGACACAGGGACACGG